AAAAAAGUCUCAAACAUGUGUUAAAAAUGACUUGCAUAAAGAUGAUAUUAACCAAGUUUUAAAAUUAUUCUCACGGUGGUUAUCAAAUCUUUCAUAUUCUGAAAAUAAAAAUCAAAAAAAAGAAGUAGUGUUGCAUAUAAUAAAAUUAUUAGAAAAUCAAAACACAAAUGAGUUAUCCUCUACAAAUACAACAAAUUGUUUAUCUAGUUUGCUACUCAUAAAAACUGCUAUGAAGAUUAAUGCAUUUGAUUAUUAUUUAUCUACAGAUAAAAAAUAUAUAAAAGCAGAUGAAACAGACAGCACAGAGAAGCAUUAG